AUGCCACUCCGACGAAAAAUAAAGAAUUCUGUCGGAAGGUAUUCGCAGGCAGAGCUUUUAGUUCGGGAGGCUACCUCAAAUGAUCCUACUAUUCCUAGUCAGCAGUUACUUUUACAGAUCGCAGAAAUGACCAAGUUGCCACAUAAUACGGAUACUAUUAAUAUGGUUUUUAAGAGAUUAAAUGAUAAAUGUAAAAAUUGGCGACAUAUCUACAAAGCCCUCGUUGUAAUUGAGGCUUGUUUGCAGUACGGUAGUAUAGCAUUCAUUAAGGAGUGUAGAUCCCAACUUCCACAGAUUUUAACCCUUUGUGAUUUUGUUUAUUCAUAUGAUCGAAAUUCAAAUGCUGGCUUUCUUAUUCGUGAAAAAGCCCAACGUGUUGCAACCUUAUUGAAGGACGAAAAUCUUUUAAAACAAGAACGCCAAGCUGCAAAGUCCGAGCGAUUAAAUCGUCAUUCGACUUAUGCUAGAUCUCCAAUAUACUCCGAUGCUUCUGAAAUUUAUGACCAAGUUGAAAAGUCUGGUCGAUCAAGAUCUGUUUACAAUCCUUCUGAUGAAUACGUGUCUCCCAAUCGUGCUGAAGAAUGGGAACAAAUGAGACUGGCAAAGCCUUCCGAGGUUCAAGAAUCUCAAAAAUUAGAUGCCAGUAACAAAUCGACCUUACUUGAGCGCUCUAGAACGGCUGUAAAUGUACGGUUAAGAAAUUUAUCAUUAAUGAAAAUGUCUACGCGAUCUGAGGAUCUACUAUUAUUUGAUGACCCACCGCCAAAAACAGGGAGGUUCAAUGCCUGGUUGGAAUCCCGUUCUAAACGAUUAUCAAACAUGUCCACCUCGGACAUCUACACUCCUUCAUCUAGUCUCAUUGGCAAGUAUAGUUUAACUUUUGAUUCACUUACGCUAAUUUCGUCUUUUAUUUACGUACAAACAGAUUCCGGUUCGAAUGCAAACGAAAAGUGGAGCACUGGAACAUUUGGAAUUAAAGGCAAUAUACUUGAAGACCUAAGUGGCCUUGACUUUGGUAAGUUCAAAAACUUUGCAUACUUGCCCCACGCUAACUUUAAGCAGACCAACGAUAAAAAAUAA